UCGGCGGAGAGAGGUUGGAAACCAUCAAGUCAGAAGUACAGAAACUCUUGUAAGCCGGGUUUGUAAGAAGGGUAGACUACUGCGAAUGGGUUGCCAAUCCCGUUCUAGUCAAGAAGUCGAAUGGCCAAUGGAGAAUGUGCGUUGACUGCACGAAUCUGAAUGACGCUUGCCCCAAGGACUGCCAUCCCCUGCCGAGUAUAGAUAGGCUGGUGGAAUCCGCGUCCGGAAAUGAACAACUUAGCCUUUUGGACGCUUACUCAGGGUAUCACCAGGUCCACUUGGCCCCCGAAGACGAGGUGAAGACCUCUUUCUACGCAGGCGACGAGAUCUACUGCUAUGUAAUGAUGCCGUUUGGGCUCAAGAACGCCGAGGCGACAUACCAGAAGAUGGUGACGAUUGUGUUCCGAGCUCAGAUCGAUAGAAAUCUCGAAGUCUACGUUGACGACAUAGUAGUCAAAAGCCUCAAGGCAAAGGACCACCUAACUGACUUGGCAGAAACAUUUAACAACCUCAGAACACACCGCAUGAGAUUGAACCUAGCCAAGUGCGUCUUUGGUGUCGAAUCCGGCAAAUUCCUCGGGUUCAUGGUCUCCAGGAGAGGAAUCGAAGUUAACCCUGAGAAAAUCAAGGCGAUAGAAGAGAUGAGGCCCCCGAAGUCAAUUAAGGACGUGCAGUGCCUAGCCGGGAGAAUCGCAGCUCUGCACAGGUUUGUAUCGAAGUCUGUAGAAAAAUGUCUGCCGCUCUUCAAAAUCUUGAGAUCCGUCGCCCAUAAAGACGAGGCAGGGAAGUCUAAGAAGUUUGAAUGGACCUCAGAGUGCCAAACCACCCUCAAUGACCUCAAGUCGUACCUCGGCUCACCACCCAUGUUAACCAAGGCUGAAGAAGGCGAACUCCUUUACCUCUAUCUCGGAGUCGCUGAUGUGGCAGUAAGCUCCGUCUUAGUCAAAGAGGUAGGUAAACAGCAGAAGCCGGUAUACUAUGCCAGCAAGGUUCUACAAGGAGCCGAGCUGCGACAGAUUUUGCAGAAGUCGGAAUGCUCAGGCAGGCUUAUAAAAUGGGCAGUAGAGUUGGGGGAAUUUCAGAUAACAUUUCAACAGAGGUCGUCAAUUCGAGCUCAAGCCUUAGCAGACUUUGUUGUUGAAUGCACCUCGGCCUCCGAAACCGUCGCUUCUGAACUCGAGCAAUGGACCCUCUAUGUGGAUGGGUCCUCACGCAGCAGAGGGUCAGGGGCCGAAGCGGUGUUGAUUGGGCCAGGAAGCUUCCGAAGUGAGCAUUCCCUGAAAUUUAAUUUCGAAGCAACAAAUAAUAUGGCCGAAUAUGAGACACUCCUUCUCGAACUUCGUUUAGCAGCUGAGUUGAAGGUCAGAUCUUUGCAAGUUUACAGUGACUCCCAACUCAUAGUCAACCAAGUCAACUCUACAUGCGAGGUCACAGAUCCCACACUGGCCAAAUACUUAGCUGUGGUCUUAGACGAACCAAGCUUCCAAAGGUCGCAAGUGAUGGAGGUCAGCACCGAUCCCGAAGCCCCCAACUGGAUGGAUCCCAUUAAAGCUUAUCUUCAGGAUGGGACUGUCCCAACUGACAAACAAGAGGAGAUAAAGUUGCGAAGAAAGGCAUCUCGGUACAUCUUGAUGGAUGGUACCCUGUAUAAAAGGUCAUACUCGCUCCCCCUCCUUCGCUGUUUAACUCCUUAUGAGGCCGAGUACGCACUUCGUGAGGUGCAUGAGGGUGUAUGUGGGAGCCAUGUCGGAGCUCGAGCCCUGGCCCACAAGUGCCAGUUCUUUGCACAUCUCACCCACCAACCAGCAGAGGAACUCACCACCUUGGUGUCACCGUGGCCCUUCGCGCAAUGGGGGAUUGACCUCUUAGGUCCUUUCGUGAAGGGUGUAGGGGGCGUAACACACUUAGUCGUGGCAGUCGAUUACUUCACCAAAUGGGUCGAAGCCCGACCUCUUUCUAGCCUGACCUCGAGAAAGAUUGAAGACUUUGUUUGUAGUUCGGUCAUAUGCAGAUAUGGAAUCCCAAACCAAGUUGUGGCCGACAAUAGACCUCAGUUCAACUGAACCUCAUUCAAAGACUUCUGUUCCAGCUAUGGGAUCAAGCUGGUGUUCACCUCUGUCUAUCAUCCUGAGGCAAACGAAAUGGUUGAGUCUGUCAAUAAGGCCAUCCUAGAAGGCAUAAAGCCAAGGUUAGACC